AUACAAUGAUUAUUACUGUCUAUAUAUUGUAGUAAAGCAAAGAUAAUCACGCGGUGACAAAGAGAUAGUCAUUCUUUUUUAAAUGUAAUCUAUGUUUUGUCAUUUGGUAAAAAAGAAAAUAAAAUGUUUAUAAAAAUUCAGGUGCAUAUAAAUUCAAAGCUUAUUAGUUAAUAUUUUGUGAUUAUUAAUGUGUAUAUAUGAAACAAUUAAUGUUCGCAAAAGAAUUUGAUGAUCCAAUUCGACAGAGAAUAAAAAAUGUCGAACUUACAGUAUAAAAUAUGUCAAUAUGUCAAUACAAGUAAUAUUUUAGAGAUAUAGAUUUAUAUUAUAUUAGCACAAAAUGUAAUGUUAAAAGUAAUAUUCUUAUAUUAUUUUUACAAUGGAAAAAGUUAUACCAAUGAGCUGGUUGAACCAGAUAUUGUUGGUUUUAAGUAUAUUAUGUGCAUUGUUAUCUUUAAUUAUACAAGAAUGGGCAGGUCUCACACCAUUACCAAUAUAUGUUUCUAUUUUAUGGGCUAUUUUUAUUAUAAUAUUAUCAGUAUGGCUCAGUUGUUUUUUAUUUCAACUUGCAUUAAAAGCUAAUAGUCCACUUAAUAUAAAAUUUCUUAAUAAUUGGUUAUAUGAAAAGUUUAUAAAUAAUUUGAAAUUGUAUGAAUAUAAAAAGGAAAAUGAAUGUAAUGAUAAAUCUGAAAAUGAAGUAAAUAAAAAUAUAAAUUCUAUACAAAUACCUCAUAAAAAACAGAAAGAUAAAAUGACCAUUAUAUCUAAUGAGAAGGAAACAAGCAAUAGAAAAAAAAAGAGAACGGUAGAAAUACAUAAUUUAGUGAAGGAAAUACAUUUAAAAUGCAUUAAAGUUUGGUAUAAAUCUAUCAGUGAUGACAAAUCAUUUCCUAAUGAAGCACAAGAACUAUUAAAAAAAUUAUUGACCAAGCUAUUUCAUAAAAUCAGUUUAAUUGACAAGAUAAAGCUUAUUCAUAAGCUGUCUAAUGUGUUCUUAUUACAUUUAAAAGAAUACCACAGAGCAUUACGAAGAGUAGAAAAAGGAACUGCACCAAAUUUAGAGGAAGCAUUUAAAUAUUUACAUCCUGGUUCUCGUAAUAUAGCAGUAUUAGAGCAUAUGCUUCAUCGAAUGGUUACUAUUUUAGCACAAGAAUUUUUACAGUGGGAAUUAACAAGUUCAUUACCGUGUAAACUUUUAUUGUCUAUCUUAGCAAAAAGAUUAUUAAUAGUUAUUGAAACAAUAAGUUCUCCACAUUGGCUAUUUCAAAAUUUAUCAGAUUUAUUACAACCAAUGGCAAAAGAAGUUGUCAAAAUUCAAAAUAAACAAGAAAAGAAUGUAUAUUCACAAUUGACUAAAAAAGCUAUAUCUAAUGCUCUAGGAGGUGGUAUAACAUCUGCAACAGCAGCUCUAAUUCCACGAUCACUACCAAAAUCAAAAUCUGAAUCAUCUAAUGAAGCUUUAAUUGAGCAUGAAAAUACCUCAUUAUCUAUAAAUGAUAGGAGACCUACAUUACGUUUACAUAAUUUAGCUACAGAACAUAGAGGUCUAUGGGGUCAGAGUAUGGUAGAGGUAGAUUCUGAAAUAGAAGAAGAUAAAAUAUCUCCUGUAUAUGAAGAACCUACAGAUUUUGCUACAACAAUUGCUAGACUUAGAACUGUAUUACAACAAAAAUCAACUGUGAAUACACCUUUACAUGUUGAAGAAAAGUCUUAUGUAAUAUAUGAAGGUAGUCAAUUUACAAAUUUAUCCAUUCCAUGGACAGAGUUUCAUACAGCUCUUGAUGGUUCACAACAAUUACUUUAUUGUAUUCAAUUUGAUGAUAUAGAACAACGUGGAGUUGAUUUAUUUGAAACUACAACUGCUACUGUUAGGAGACAAUAUCGCGAUUUUGCUCAGUUACAUACUAGUCUACAAGAGAUUCCAGAAUUAGCAUCUGUUAUGUCAAAUUUGGUUUUACCAGAAGGAGGUCGUCUUGAAUUAGAAAACUAUUUGAAAACUUUAACGACGCGCUUGGCUAACGAAUGUCCACCACAAUUACGACAUUUUCUACGUCCAAGUAGUAACGCUAAUAAAAAAGCGGACAUAGUUGCACCACGAUUUGAUAAAUUUUUGGUCAAGACAGUAAGUGGAGUUUUUAAUACCUUAAAAACAGUCGUUCCAGGUUUUGAAAUUGAACAAGAGGAAGAAAAUGUACCCUUACCUACAUUAAUGCCUUUAGCUGAUAUUCCAUGGAGAUUUGUCGAGGAUAUUAAAUCGAAAAGUUUAGCAACAGAAUUUCAAAAAUUAAUAACUGAAAGAACUGAAUAUUCCUGUGUGGAUUCUGCUUACGAAGCUGUUGAUUCAAUGGAAAGUACUAAUGAUUCUGCAUUAUUAACUAAUUGGUGGGAAAUUGUAAAAAGUUCUUAUGAAGAGGAUAUUGACGAAUUGGAUUCACAUCUAAUAUUAACAAGUGUUGCUGUAGAUCUUAUUUGUGAAUUAUUGACAGGAAUUGGAAGUAAUAAUGCCUUACAACAACAAACAGUUGUUAGGUGGAUAAAAUUACUUUUUGGAAGUGUUACUGAAUCUAUAUUACAAGUAAUAAUUUAUAUAUUUUUAAUUUGUUUUACUAUUACAAAAAAUUAUUUUUAUGUUCAAUUACGAAUUGUGUUUAAUUCACAGGCUGUUACUUUACGAAUUUCCGAUCAAUUGAGUAAUAUAUCACUUCAUACUGUACAAACUAAAUUUUCUGAAGAACCAUUAACAUUAAAAGAAAGACUGUUACAAGAGCUAUUAAUUAAAAUUCCAAAUGACAUAAAAUUAACAUUUGGUGAGGACGAUACUUUAAAUAUUUUAAAGUAUCUACUUGAUUCUUAUGAAAUAAAAAAAAUUAAUAUAGACUUAAAUUUACAAAUAUUAGAUGUUCUAGCAUCACAGUUAUUAAGUUCAUGUAGAUCAAAUCAUAGUAAAAUAUCUUUAUAAUUUCAUUUUAUUUUAAUUCGAUAAAAACAGUCAAUUCAAUUCCUUUUUUCUACUAAACUAUUAUUGAAGUUAAAAAUAUUAGAAUUGCUAGUUAUUGAGAUAUAUUUUAGUCAAAAGGAAUUGAUGUGCCAUAUGUA